AUGUCUUUCAACGAAACGUGCAUACCAGGGACUAUUUACGAAGGAGAAGAUGACGUCAAUGAUUCCUACUACAAGAGCCACGAUGCACCAGCACCGCCUCUGACGCUUCCGGCCUGGGAGAUUGCCCUGAAGGUGACCUUCUACGUGAUCGCUAUGGUUCUUGACAUCGUAGGAAACUCCAUGGUGCUGAUGAUUAUCUUGCUGAACAGGAAGAUGAGGAAUACCACCAACUUGCUGCUGCUGAAUCUCACCAUUAGUGACCUGAUGGUUGGCGUGUUCUGUAUGUGGGUUCACAUGGGUAAUCAGAUCUCGUCCAACUGGCCGUUUGGGGCUUUCCUGUGCAAAUUCAGCCCCUUUUGCCAGGUGCUGUCCGUCACUGCCAGCGUGCUGACACUGACUGUGAUUUCUAUAGAGAGGUUCAUCGCCGUGGUCUACCCUUUCAGACGCCACUGGACACCUCAAAUCACUGGCUUCAUCCUGGGUUGUACGUGGACUGUCGCUAUUGCGACAGCAGCCCCACAGCUGGCGGUUGGUAAAAUGUUCGUCAUCCAUUGGAGGGACCGAACCGAGAUUUAUUGUACCGAUGACUGGCCAUACUACUAUAAUGAUAACUGCGAAUUAUGGACGCCAGGCCGUGUUAUCGUCUGCCUGAUUCAAGGAGUGGUGAUGUUUUUUGUCCCUCUCGUGAUCAUUAUCGUCGCUUACACAAUUAUUGUGAUCAGACUGCUGAUUCGCAGAGCCCCAGGGUCACUAGUCAGCACGACCUCAUCUUCACAAGAGAAAGCCAAAAGAAAGGUAACUAAGAUGCUUAUUAUAGUAGUGACCACUUUCAUCAUUUGCUGGACGCCUCAGCAGAUAAUUCUUCUCUAUGGCCAGCUGAAUGAAGACCGUAAGCCUGAAUACUACCGUACUGUGAGGUACAUCGCCUUAUACAUAGCCUACUUCAACAGUGCGCUUAAUCCUAUUCUGUACGGCGGAUUCAACGAAAACUUUCGAAACGGUUUUAUUGAAGCAUUUAGGUGUUUCCUAAUAAAAAAACGAAACAAAAUUGGACCAGACAGUGUCAUGCCAUGGUCAAAGAAGCCUCGCACUGACAUGGAGGGCUACAGCACUGACCUGAAAAUCAUCUCCGCCUCGCAGAUUACUCCAUCCACAGGUAUCGGUAAUGAUGUCACACAACAGCAAUAUAACGGAUAUUUACAGAUACCAGCAGACCCCACGGUAAAGCGGGCCGCACUGUCAUAUAAUCAAGCUAACAAUAAUACAAAUGAAAAAAAUUCACCUCCGGAGACGGUUAUGACACUGAAAAUACCAACACAAGCUAAACUGAAAGAACCACUAGAAAGCAAAGGAUGA